UAUUUUAUUAACUCUGAAUGAGUGAGAUCAAUAUAUAUUUCCUAUCUUUAACGAGUGUACAGCAUAUGGGAUGAGUUUAUCCUAACAAUACAGUGGAGAGUAAAGGCCAAGCAAUACAGUACAAUAAUUCAACGAGACUAUGUCGCAAAUUUUUUUUCUUUUACUUUCUCGCUCAAUUUCGAGACAUAUAAUUAUAUGUAAAAGAGGAAAAGAUGCAGAGCACUUAAAUCAAGAUAGUUGCGUUAGGAUGGAGCGCCUCCAACCAAGAACUAAAAAAUGCGUUUUCCGCGAUGGUUUCCAGAUGUUGGAAAGUAUGGUAUACCAAUGGGGAGGAUUGCGUCUGGUUUUUCUUUCUUUUUUUUUUUUUUUUUUUUUUUUUUUUUUUUUUUUUAAUCAAACUGUGGUUUUCUUUCAUCUAUCUGGGUUGUAUACUCUUAUUUUGUCUUGCGUACGAUUGGUUACGGUGCGUUGUCCUUUAUAGUUAAUAUUUUCUGCAAAAUAAGUUUCUUCAACUGUGUGAGACUGAUGGAUUUCUUGCAUCUUCAUUUAGUGAAAAAUAUGUUAGACGAGAUUAUAUUUCGUUUCAUUUUCGGCAACAAGGUAAAAUAAGAAGCGAAAAAUGAGGUUAAAAAUAAAAAUAACAAAAAGACGGUAUUGA